AUGAGUUCGUCGGACCACCAAACACAUGCGAGUACAGCAGCAGACGAGUCGGUUCAGCCUGCCGCCUCGACUUCCGCUGCUGCAUCGUCACACGGGAAAGAUCUCAAUGCAGGGAUAGGAGCAGCGGAAGCACCGACCGCGAUAGAGGUUCCGGUCGGGAACGUGUGGGAUGAUAGAGCGCGUGAAAGACAACAGGUCGUACUCAGCCCUGCUUCACCCUCGUCAAUACCGACGUCCAUGUCCAUCCCCGAGAUCAAGGCAGCGCUUGCUUCCGAGCGUGAUCAGGUCAGAGCAGCAGCACCUGUCGGAGGGUCACAAGGUCCCACAGCAGCCGACGCGGAGCCGGUGAUCUUGGGUAUCGCAGUCGUCGACUUCAACCACCUCGUCGGGCCACAAGUAGAAUACACGUAUCCAAAGGAGCUGCAAGAGGACGAAGACCUUGUCAAGUCGCUUCCCUUUCUCGCAUUGCCCGACGGAAGCCAUCUAUCAGACGAAGACUUUUGCUACUUCCACCUGCAUUGCCCUAAACUGUCCCAGUCGACCAUCUUUGGCAUCUCCUGCAACCGUCAAAUCGCCGCAGACGCGCUCCUCAAGAAAGGCGCCGAAGUGACAAGGAGCACUGUGCAGAAGGCGAUCGUAGUGCUGGCGAAGGAGCCCGUCUUUGGUCCAAUACGAGAGAAGCUCGGCAUCGUCACUCGCGCCUUUUUUGCGCAAGGCGAUCUGGCCGAUGUCGACAUCCUCGUCGACUUCCACUCCACCCUCGAGAUGGGCCUGCAGAGCGGUGGCAUGUCGAACGAUCGCGAGACAGUCAUGUACAUGGGCACGUCGCUGCGUGAGCUCGUCCACAAAUGGCGCUUCAAGACGCUCAUGCUGGUAAAGCUUCUGCUGUUACAGCGUAGAGUCAUGUUCUUCGGCUACCCCGUCGAGCAGCUCUGCAACUAUCAGUAUUCGCUCGUCUCGCUCAUACCUGGUCUGCUGCUCAACUUGCAGGACGCCGGUGACCCAAAUCUGCACACAAGAGCGGGUCAAGUAGAAAAGGCAGACAGUCUGCGCUCUUCGGAUCGCAAGAGCUUGCUCAAGUUUCUCGGAAUGCCUCUCGACAUCUUCGGCCAGGACGCCUUCUUUCAGCCUUACUGUCCAUUGCAGCAGAUCGACCUGCUCAAGUCGCGCACCUGGCUCGUCGGCACCAGCAACAGCAUCUUCAAGCAGCAGCGCGACUGCAAGAUCGAUGUCGUCGUCGACCUCGAGCAAGCGCAUCUCGAGUUUCAGGAUCCCAAGUUGCACCAGAUGGUCAACCUCACGCCCGAAGAUCGCAAGUGGAUGGACGAGGUCAUCUCCUCUGUGGUCGAUACAUGGAAUCCAGCUGAUCCAACACGCCCCACUUCGAUGGGCUUCCAUGGCAGCGAUGACUACCUGCGCAUCCGCUUUGAGGACUACAUCUGCGCCAUGCUCUCUUCCACCAAGUACGGCGAUUUCCUGGCGAAGAGCGAUCCUGAGCAAGUAGCAAUCCAGGCGCCAGAUGCAUCGACCGUCAACUGCUUCGGUGCCGAAUUCCUCACAGCACUGCGAACCACCGAAGCUUUCAAGCGCUGGAACUCAAUCACGGACCCCAUGCUUUUCGACAUUGUCGAUCACAAACAUCCCUGCGAAGGCAAGACGUCAGCCAUCGAAGAUGUUGGCUUGCGGCUUUCUGCUGGGCUACACGAUCUGCGGCUCGAAGAGAACCUGGCGCCGACGCGCGAAGCCAUCGGCAGCGCAUUGCAAGCUGGCGGCGCCAACCUCUAUCGCUUUGCCAACAACAUCGGCAAAGACUUCGCCAAGUUUCGUGCGGAUCGCGCAGCUGCAAUGCAAUCUGCAGGUAGUGAAGGCGCCACCACGCCGAGCAACGCGGGCGGCAUCGGAGGUCUCACCUCAGGUUUCGGAUUCUUUGGCACCAAUCCAACAUCGAAACCGAAUGCACAGGCAAGCGCAUCAGUGCCAGCAACAGAGCGGGCAUCAGGAUCCAUUACGGGCGAGGCAAUCGACGCAGACGGACAAUACACUGGUCGAUCCGGUCGUGUGGCAAGUGGCCCCCAAAGCAACGCUGGCGCAUUCGAUGCCAACGAGGCUCUCAAUGCAGCAGGGCAGGCGGCGGCGCAGGCGGGUACACAGGUACGAGCAGCACUUGGCAACUUUGGCUCAUUCCUCUCUGCGCGGCAGAAGUCGUGGGCUGCCAGCCGCGCCAACGGCAACAGCAACAGUACCCCGCAAUAG